GCGCGUUCCCAAAUCCUCAAUAUCCUCAAUAUCCUCACCAUGAUCCUACGAAGCGCCCCAAUUGCCCGUGCUCUCACCAUUUGCCUCCCCCGGGCCUCCCGAUCCUUCUUAACCGGCUCCUCGACGCGCUCGAACCAGAACCGCACAUUCGAUCCCAUUCGCACGCCGAACGACCUGCACACAUUGACCCUUCUCUCCGCCGCCGACAACCGCCCUCUCAUCACGUUCUGGUCUGCGUCGUGGUGCUCGACGUGCCAGGCCGUGAAGCCAUUGGUGACAUCGCUGAUCGAAGAUGAGAAGGUGGGGCAGGCGGAGGGUGGAUUGGGGUUCGCGGUUGUGGAGCUGGACUCGCCUAUGAUUGGGGACUUAGGCGUGAAGUAUAUGAUUACAUCUAUGCCCACGUUGCUUGCAUUCAGCAGGCAAGAGGCGCAAAUGGAGACGAAGCUAAUUAAGCCGAACGAGAUGAAGAAUAAGGAAUUUUUGAGGGAAUGGCUACUCUCUGAAGCGAAGAGGGGAGGCAGGGCUGGUGGGUCGGGGGGAAGUCUUCUUGGAAGUUUGUUUGGAGGCCAGCAUUAAAUUUUACGAUUAUAAAAUAUCAAUUAUUUUGCCAG